AUGUCAGCAAGCCAGAUACCAAAUCUCAACACGCUCCGGCGCGGGGGAGGCGGGCUGCGAGGGCGACUACGCGCUCGAGGUCGCGGAUCCGGCGCUCCAUCAGAGGACGACUCGCCUCAAAGCCAGACAAGAAGCGCCGCUGAACAAGAUCGAAUCAUCCAGGGCACUGAUAACGAUGCCAGUGUUUCGAGGCUGAGUGCUGUGGAACUAGGCUAUCUGGACGAUGUUUUUGCGAAGAUUUUGACACCAGCAGCGCCAGGUUCCAGGAGGUUCCCUAUCAUUAAUCGAGGUACAUAUGCUCGAACAUCAGCUAUUGAUGAGUUGGUUAAUCGCUUCCUUGAGGACGAUGAAGGGCAUCCCACCAAAAAGCAAAUCAUAUCACUUGGAGGGGGUUCAGAUACACGGCCGUUUCGAAUAUUCAGCGAGAAACAGCCAAGCUCACUAGUAUAUCACGAACUUGAUUUCUCAAUAAAUACCUCGGCGAAGGUUAAGGCGAUACGUUCCUCGCCGCUUCUGCGGAGAACCGUACAAGUCCGCUCUGAAGCCCAACACAGUAGCGGCGACAUGAUGAUAACCCCAGCGGGAGAUGCCUUGCAUCUACCAAAUUAUCAUAUCCAUCCAAUUGAUUUGCGGUUACUUGCGGCCGAAGCAGACAAAGUCUCUGCCAAUGGAGCCGAAAGCAAUACCACAUCGACAUCGACGCAAAACAUUCUACCGGGAGUCGAUACUUCUCUACCGACACUUCUUAUUUCUGAAUGCUGCCUUACAUAUCUAUCACCCCACGACGCGGAUGCCGUGGUCGACUACUUUGCCCGGACUCUCUUCCCAUUCACAACGCCUCUGGGGCUAAUCAUCUACGAGCCUAUAAGACCAGAGGACGCAUUUGGAAAGACCAUGGUAUCAAACCUUGCUGCAAGAGGCAUCCACCUGCAAACGCUACACAAAUACUCGUCCCUACCGGCACAGCGGCAACGGUUGUUGGACCAUGGAUUUCAGACGGGCCAGGGGGCUGUAGAUGUCGACUUCAUCUGGAACAAUUGGAUUAGCGGAGCUGAAAAGGAGCGUGUUGCAACGUUGGAAAUGCUGGACGAGAUCGAAGAAUGGAGAUUACUGGCACAGCAUUACUGUGUGGCUUGGGGAUGGCGGAAUGUCAGUAACGAUAGGGAGUUUAGUUCCUGGAAGCAAAUAAAGAGAGAGUAA